CAUCGCCUGCUUUGCUGCUACUAGCUAGCUAGCUCCGCCAGCUUUCCAACUUCCGCAGCUCUCGACCGCCACCACUAUAUAACGCGCACCAGAGCCGCAGUCCCGCCGGCAGCCACCUCUCGUCAUCACUUCUAUAUCAAGCUAGCCACACGGCCGCCGCCGCACCGGCCGGAGCCGCGCGCAGUGCCGCCGCCUCUCUCAAUUCUCAUCCCACAGGAACAGACAAAGCAACAGAAUCAGAGAGAGAUCGAAUUCGAAUGGCUCGGGAAGCUGCCUGCUGCACCGCCGUCGUCUCCAUGGCGCUCACCGCUCGCGUCCUGCUAGUUCUCGCGACCACCUUUACCGUGGUGGUGGUAAUUCUGCCGGCGACGGCGCGGGCGGCGUGGGUGGACUACCCGUCGGGGGUGCCGUGCGGGGUGACGAUCCCCGUGGAGCAGUGCGACCCCGGGGACGCGGCGGCGAACAGCGCGUGCAUGGACAUGUGCCACUACGGCGGGUGCCGGCGCGGCGGGCAGUGCGUGUCGCUGGGGCUCGCCAGCGGCCGGGGAUGCCACUGCAAGUGCUAGGCUAGCUGGCCGAUCGAGCUGUGUUGUGUUGGCACAGACAGGGACCGCAGGUCAUCAUGCAGCUAGCGGCCAGCGGCAGAGGGAAAAUUUGGACAUUUGGUGGUGCACUUUUAUGCACUAUAGCUAGCGUAUUGUAUGGUGGGUGACGGGGCCGGUUAGAGUAUCACUUUCUUUUGUAAGUUUUGGUUUGUUCUUAUUCUGUCUCCUUUAGGCCUUAUUCAGUUCGCAAAAACUUUUGGAAAUGACAUUGUAGUAAUUUUGUUUUUAUUUGACAAACAUUGUCCAAUCAUAAAGUAACUAGGCUUAAAAGAUUCAUCUCGAGAUUUACAGUUGAA